GCCACUACAAACUUUAUGUUCUAUUCUUGAUGACCGUUAAGUGCGUAAAGGUGAUUUGCAUGAGGAACAUGUAGUUGUUGUUUAACACGACAUACUGAUUUUGUCAAGUCAUCGUGUGAAUAAUAAUGCAUGUAGAUUAUCUCUUUCCCCAGGUUCACCGUUGGCUUAGAACUUGAAAUCCAGGAUGAAGACAGGGCGAUGUGCAGGCAGGAUUUUGACUAUUUUCUUUGGGCUAUUUCUCCAAGGUUUCAGUUAUCCCAAUGGCGGAAUAUUGAAGACGUGUGUGAACCUGCUUCCAAAACACCACGGCACUAAUCAACAGACAGGCAAGGCCCCCUACACCCUGAGUGUCGCCAAAGACACUUAUAAGCCUGGAGAAGACAUUGCAAUCGAAUUAAAAUCACAGAAGAUUCCAUUCCGUGGUUUUCAAAUCAUGGUGCACAGACGGGAAGGCGAUACUGAGGAACUGAUAGGAAAUUUUACUGAAUUUUCGACAGAUUCUAAACCCUUCAAGUGGUAUUCGGAGAAUAUAAAUUGUUUGACGCACAGCGACAACGAAGACAAAACAAAGGUUCAGUUUAAGUGGAAAGCGCCUGGUGUUUCAGAAGGGGACUUGAUUGUCAGGGCAGCGUUCGUGAAAGAUUUCGAGCAUUUCUGGGCCAACGAGACCCAUGUUUUGAGAGCAGAGGUCCCCGUGGUUGUGAACGAGACUUUCCCGUGGAGGGUGUCCAUGGACUUUAAGCCGAUGCGCGUCCGUGAGGAGUGCGGGGUGACCAAGGGGUGUGUUAAGUGGCCCAGACUGUGCCAGGGAGAGGACUGUGAUGUGCUGGUCAUGUACAAAACAGAAGGAGACCACAUCGACUUUGAGAUGUUUGGAAAAGCAGAGGCGUAUUUGUCGCUCGCUUUCUCGGAUGACAAGAAAAUGGGCAAGGAUGAAACCAUCACGUGUAUGUACAAGGAGUCAGUCAUACAAAUUCAACAUGGGUAUAAUCCAAUGUACUUCAACGAGAGAAUCAGAAAUACUGUAUUAUCUAACGUGGAGAUGAUGCGUGAUGGCGAGAGAAUGUACUGUCGGUUCCGCAGACCCCUCAGUUUCACGCCAGACCUGUGGCUCAGCCUCGCGAACAAAUAUCCUCCAACGCCUAUCAAGGCCAUCACUUUCGAUCUUUCCAAACCAUGGAUACUUUUCCUUGGCUGGGGGCAUCUGUAUACAGGCACGGACGUGGUGGGGCAUCAUAAAGAACUCCCCUUGAUAACCAGCAGUCCUGUAGACUUCCAGUCCACCGCCGUACACUAUGGGCAGACGCUCUCAGUCGAGGUACAAGCACAUGGAACCCUCAUGACGGUGGCAUGGGUGGCAUUAGCCGGGUUUGCCAUGGUUGUCGCUCGCCAUUACAGAAACGCGUUUGGAAAUAACUGCUGUGGUAUUAAACUGUGGUUCCAGAUCCACCGCUUGAUCAUGAUUCUGGUUGCCGGUUGCACGGCGGCAGGCAUCGUGCUGAUAUUUGUUUAUGUUGGAGAUUGGAGAGAGGUUGCCACGCUUCACGCCGGGUUUGGACUGGCGGUGAUGGGAAUUGUGCUGCUGCAGAUGAUCAUGGCCUUCUGUAGACCAGACCCAGAUGCGUCCAGAAGGAGGGUCUUCAACUGGGCACAUAGAAUUUUUGGAAAGUUGUCUCAUGUGGUUGCAGUUGUGGCACUGUUUCUUGGGGUAAACCUCAGCCUGCUGCCGGAGAAAUUCCGUUUUAAUCAGACGGUGGUGCUAGGUGUCUGGGUUAUCACACAGAUUUUGUGGGAAGUCAUCUUGGAGAUUAUGAAGUGUAGAAGAGAAGCCAGCGACAAACGAGAAAUAACCAUAAGUAUGGAUCCCAUAGGCAACGGAGAUCACACCAAGUCUAGCCUGGAUUCCGUGGAGAAUCCUAGGAAAAAGCAGGGUUCUGCGAUACUGGCAUGCGCACUCGCUCUGUACGGCAUCACUUUACUGGUGUUCGUCGCAGCCAUUUUAGCUCUCAUUUACAUGUUUUAACUUUGAUGAAGUAAUCGCUUGUUGUGUACAUAUGACAAACUGAGUGCUGACACAGGUUGAUUUGACCUGAACGACGUCAAAACUUGAAAAAAUGAUAUAAAUCCCUUUGACCAUGUUUUAAAUGCAUUUUGUAUUAACAUUCAUUUUAUUAACUGAAUAAAAUUUUUAAUUUUUCGCA